AUGAGCAACAUCUCUCGAUCGAAAUCGCAGGUCUCAGACGGUGGAAGACGUCGACGGAAAACCCCAAGUGACGCAGACAAUGAAACGCUCAAAGAAAGCGGAAGUACACCUAUGGCCUCGUCGGAUAGUGGUGUCGAAUCUGCAGCGGAAGUAGAUUUGACAGAAAUGAAGACCACCGACUCACCAAUGUCCCGUGGUGCAUCGUCACCACAUGAUCGCUGCGAUCUUCUGUUAUGUGGCGAUUGCCAUGCACAGUUUCCGAUCGCACAUUUCAGUACAUUCAUUGAGCACAAGGUUUCUAAUUGUGGUGGGAAAUCGACACCAUCUGAGGUCGAUGAACGACCAAGCCGGCGGCGAAACUUUAGUCACGGAAUGCCACGUUGUGCACGUUCAUCAUCAGCAAAUCCACUCAUGCUCGAUUACCACAUGGGUAAUAUGGACGUCACCACAGAUACCGAUGACCUAGAUGCUCUCACUCGAAGCGUGACAUGCCAUUCGUGCAAACAACGACACAAUGACAUAUGGGACUUGCUGAAGCAUUGCUACGCAGCUCAUGGGCUGCGGAUUUGUCAGGAAGAUCUACCUGAUGAAGGUGACGUUUCGUGCACGUCGAAUAGCUCACCGGUCACAUCCGCUGAGUCUACCAUCAUGCUCUCUUCUGUGUACAGAGAUGAGAAAAAUGUGCUAGGUAAGGGUCUACAACCGUCAACUAAAAGUGCAUUCUCCUUAAACGCAUUCUGUUCGGAACGGUUGAAGGAGAUCGCUGAGAAGGCUGGCGAACAAGAGAACAACAAUAGCGGAUCGCAUGACAAAAAUCCGAAGAGGGUACUUCCCGCGGAUGAAACCGACGACGAGCAUGUGGCUAGCGCCUUCACCGCCACCACAGGCCUUGCGCCUCCUCGUAGCAGCCUUGUCUCACAAAUGGCGAUAGCUAUGCAACAUCAACAUCAACCGCCAACUUCUUCGCUUCAGAGCAUGUGGAUGCAACCAUCCGUGCUGUCAGCGAUGCAGGACUACUACACACAAAUGUCACAGUACCCGAAUUUGUCACAGCUAAACAACACUGCCACAGCAGCUCUCCUUGGCCUCGGAGCAACCGUUCCAACACAGUCUCCCGGGCUGUUCUCCAGCUUACAAAAAAGCGACGAACCAUCUGCGUUCACUCCGAACCCUGUUCGACCAGCCUCCGCCAUCCGAAGACGACUUUCACCAGAGGACACAGCGCCACCGAAGAAGAAUCCGCGCACCGAAGACGAGAGCGAACAACUGAUCGUCGUGGACGACGGUGACCUCGCCGAACCGGCUGCUCGACGACAGGUGAACGUGAAAAAAGAGCGAUGCACUUUCUGUAGCAAGGUGUUCACAAAUCGCUCGAAUCUGAUCGUCCAUCUACGUAGUCAUACCGGCGAAAAACCGUACCAGUGUAAACUUUGCCCGUACGCUUGUGCCCAGAGCUCGAAACUCACCAGGCAUAUGCGAACUCAUGGCCAACAAGGAAAGGAGACUUAUCGUUGCUACAUCUGUCAAAUGCCAUUCUCAGUGCAUUCCACAUUGGAAAAGCACAUGAGGAAAUGUGUGGUGAAUAACAGUCAAGCAGCUCCAAGAGACGGUUCACCGGCAACAGAUCGGCCUCGCCCAACUCCAUCAGCCCUAGCCGAUGCGACCUCUUUGCUGGCACUCUCGAAUGCACCUCGUCCUCCACCGUCGUCGGUGUCGCAAAGCAAUCAGAUUGUCCUCAACUGGCUGCAGGCGUUGAAUGUCUCUCACGCCCCAGUCACUCACCCGCUGCCUUCGGGUGGUUCAAUCGGAGUGAAAGAGGACUUUCCCGAAGUGGAUGAGGACAUGGAAGAUUCGGAAGCUUGUGAACUUAACGAGCGACUUAAGAAGGAGGCAGCCGAAUCGUCCGUUGUCGCCGUAUGA